AGGAUCUGAGAAGACACAUACUCACUCAUACUGGGGAAAAGCCAUAUCUCUGCCCUUAUUGCACCCACAGGGCAGCACUCAAGGGAAACUUGAAAGUGCAUAUUAUAACUGUUCAUGGAAAGUCUGUUAUGGUGCGUUGUCAAUGGAGGGUACGUCUUCUGUGCACCUCCACUUGGGUAUGAGCCCCCGGCGACUGUUGGCUACUACCCAGCGGCACCCUAGUACACGUCGGCAACCCAACCCACGCCAGCUAUUGGCCCAACCCAGAAAGCAUCCUUGUCCUCAGUGUACCCGUAUCUUCUCCAGCAUACGCGACUUGGACCGUCACUUCCUUACUCACACAGGCGAGAAGCCCUACGAAUGUCCGCACUGCCCACACCGGGCUAACAGGAAAGGCAAUCUCAAGACCCACAUCAGAGCGCUUCACCCAGAUAGUGUCAUGUGAAGAUCAGAUACUGUUGAUUUUGUGUAGAAGAAAAAAA